GAAAUUCUUUAAAAUAAAAUGUAACCAGGUUUGAAGCAAUUAUUCUUAAGAACGAAUGGUCUUAUCUCAAUAAAGCCAAAAAUAAGAAUUACUGAUAAUUAUACCCUUUCUCUUGUGUAUUCCCCAGGAGUAGGACAUAUUUGUUAAGUGAUUCAAAAGAAUCCAGAUCUGUUAUAUGAUCUAACAAUUACAGGUAAUUCAAUUGCCCUUUUAUCUGAUGGAUCAAGUAAUACGAUAUAUGAGUAUAUUUAUAGGAUCUUAAAUAAAAAAGGCAUCAUGGAUGAUUCCUAAUCUUGAAGCUAUCAGUGCAUUGUAUAAAGCCUUCUAUGAUAUAGAUGCUUAUCCUGUAAUAUUGGAUAAGGGAAUAAUGAAUGGUUCAGAUGACUAUAUACUUCUCAUAGACAAUUUAUCUACAACAUACAAAGUAAUCUUAUAUAUCUAUUUUUAGACUAUAGUAUUAGUGGAUAUUGAAGAGAAGUUAACUUAAGAACUUUUAUAGAAAUUAGAAAGUGUUCAGAUUGAUUGUACUGUUGUUAUUAGUAACACUCAUAGUCUAAAUGAUUAAUUAAAAGAUGCUGCACUUAUCAAAAGUAUCCUAGAUUCUCGUGCUAUAUUGAAACCAAGUCAAAUUGAAUUAAUUAGACAAAAAGUCAAAGGAUUAGAUUUUUCACAAUUACCUAGUUAUUUAACAGCAACUCUUAGUUCUACAUAUGCUGUUAGUUUAAAUGAAAUACAUAGAAAUAAAUAUUUUCAUCAUACUGUAUAAAAUGUAACACCUUCAUAAUUGGUAUCAAAAUUAAAUGAUUUGUAUUUGUAUGGAGAAAUAGCAUAUUAUAAGAGAUGGACAUCUAAAUAGUUUUUAUAAAAUAAUGAUAUUAAUAAGAAUUCAUUAGAAUUACAUAAGAGAUUUAAUGGUGUUAUUACUAUAGCAUUAAAGUUUAAUCCAAGAUCUUUAGAAGAUUUAUAUAGGAUUUAUGAAUUAUCUUAUAGAAAUAAUGAUAUUUUAGAAAUUCAAAAGUUAUUUGAAGCAGAUCCUAGGAAAAUACGUGAAAUAACUAUAAAAAAGAAUUAUGCUGCAAUAGUAACAAAUGGAACAGCAAUUCUUGGAUUAGGUAAUAUUGGACCAUCUGCAGGAUCUCCAGUAAUGGAAGGUAAAUCUGUUUUAUUCAAUGCUCUUGGUGGAAUAGAUUUAAUGCCAAUAUGUUUUAAAGAAAAAGAUCCUCAUAAAUUAGUAUAACUUAUAAGAUAGUAAUUGAUAAUUGAUAAUGAUUUAGUAUCGCUCCAAUAUUUUCAGCUAUUAAUUUAGAAGAUCUUAGAGCACCAGAUUGUUUUCCUAUAGAAGAAGAAGCUAUUCAUAAUAUACAUAUUCCAUUGAUGCAUGAUGAUUAACAUGGAACUGCUGUUGUUAGUUUAGCUGCACUUAUUAAUUAUUUGAAAUUAACUAAAAAAAAUGUUAAAGAUUUGAAAUUAGUAAUUAAUGGAGCAGGGUAUUUAUAUUAAUAAUAUUAUAAAAGUGCUGCAGGUGUAGCAAUCUGCAAAUUACUUUAUGGUCAUGGAAUUUAAGAUAUACUCAUUUGUGAUACUGAAGGAAUUAUAUAUGAAGGUAGACCUAAAAAUAUGAAUUCAUUUAAAAAUGAUCUUGCUAAAUUCACUAAUUAAAAUAAAAUUACUGGUAAACUCAUAGAUGCUGUUAAAGGAAGAGAUUUAUUUGUUGGAGUAUCUAGUGCUGUAUAUAAAUAUUAUAAUUAAUUAGGGUGCAUUAACAUAAGAUAUGAUACGUACUAUGAAUAAAGAUCCAUUUAUAUUGGCUUUAGCUAAUCCUAUUCCUGAAAUUAUGCCAGAUGAAGCUUAAUAAGCAGGUGCUUUUAUUAUUGCUACAGGAAGAUCUGAUUUUAAUAAUUAAGUUAAUAAUUCAUUAGCUUUUCCAGGUAUCUUCAGAGGAGCUAUUGAUACUAAAGCUAAAGAAAUUAAUUUAUAAAUGAAAGUAUCUUACAUAUAUUAAUAAAAUAAGAUUGCUGCUGCAUAUGCAAUUGCAAAUAGCAUUAAAGAUAAUGAAUUAUCACCAAUUAAAAUAUUACCAGGAGCAUUAACUGCAGAAAUUCCAGCUAAUGUUGCAAAAGCAGUUGCAAUUGCAGCUAUGGAAACUGGUGUAGCAUAAGUUAAAGUAGAUCCAGAAGAAGUUUUUGAUAAUGCAAGAAAAUUAAUAAUGGAAGGAAAUAUACCAAGUUUAUGAUUUAAAAUGAUAUACAAAUAGAAC